ACGGAGGUAGUAAUCCGUAAUCUUGUCCAGCCCCAAGAUGAGUUGGGAAGCUUCAGAAAAGAAAACGGACGACGAACCCUUCACUCCAGGCCGCCUGCGGCCUGCCGCGCUGGUAGUAGUGCCCUGCGCGGCUGCCCCUUUGGCCUUCUCGGCUUUCACCCCUAAGACCCGUUUAGGUUUCAGGUAUGACAAUUCAGUCGAUUGUGCAAGCCGGACCAAAGACCAUAACACAGCUUUUGGACCAUUUCACUGAAAUAAAGAAUCUAAGAGUUGUUAGGGCAAUUCAUGCUCACCUGCUCAUAACAGGGGUAAUAUCUUUCACUCCCACUCUCCAGACCAAGAUUGUAUUUGCUUACACCACAAGCCAUCCCCCGAAAAGCAACCUCCUUCUCUGGACCUUAACCAAUUCUUUGAGAACCCUUAAUCUCAGAAACCCUUUAAUUUUUAACUCCAUUAUCUCCGGAUUUUGCGAACGCGGGUAUCAUUCACUUGCUAUGCAGACCUUUUCUUUCAUGCACUCAAAUGGCGUUUACAUAGACUCAUACGCGUUGUGUAGCUCAAUAACUUCUGCGUCUUGCACCAAAAAUCUCGAAUUCGGUGAAAAAGCUCACACCUUUAUAGAAAAGUCGGGUUGGUUUUCUAGUGUGUAUGUCGGUUGUGCCAUGAUCGACUUAUACACAAAAUUGCAAUGCAUCAGCAGUGCAGCUUCACUGUUUGACGAAAUUCCCAUAAGAAACAGUGUGUGUGCUAAUGCACUUUUAUCCGGCUACACUGAGUGUAAGAUGUGGGAGAAGGCACUUGCAUUAGCCAGAAGGCUGCCUUCUUUAUAUUUAGAGAUGGAUCAUUUCACGUUUUCCGCUGUUUUGCGUGCAUGUAUUGGGAUUUCUACAGUUGGAUUGGGAAUGCAGGUCCAUGGAUGUGCCAUUCGUAAAAUUCGUUAUAUGGAAAGCGAUGUAUUCCUACAAAGCUUGCUGAUUGAAAUGUAUGGAAAAUGUGGGCUCUUAGAAAAGGCUAGACAAGUCUUUAGAAUGACAGCGAGAAAUAGAGAUCUUGUUCUAUGGACUUCAAUGCUUGGUGUUCUCGGACGAAAUGGGAGUUACGAACAAGUGAUAGCAGUGUUCACAGAAAUGGUAACCAAGGGAAUCAAACCGGACGGUGUGUCGUUUUUGACAGUUAUCUCAGCUUGUAGCCACACUGGCCAAGUGAACCUUGGAAUGGAGUAUUUUGAAUCAAUGGCUCGUGAUUAUGGAUUAGAACAUAGUCCGGAGCACUACAGUUGUCUGAUCGAUUUGCUUUGUCGCGCAGGAGAGUUAGAAAAGGCAUGGAAAUUUGUAGAAGAGUUUUCCUCCAAAGGAAGUAGGGGUUUCACUGUUUCCAUGUGGGGAGCACUGCUUAAUGCCUGCAAUGAUAGUGGGAAUGUGGAAUUGGGUAAAUUUGCAGCUAAGAAGGCGAUUGAGUUGAAUCCUCAUAAUGAUGGGAUAUAUGUUAUGUUGUCCAACUUAUAUGCAACAAACAGUAUGUGGAGUGAGAUUGAGGAAGUGAGGGAACACAUAAGAGGAAAGGGGCUAAAGAAAGACAUUGGCUCUAGUUGGAUAGAUGUUGCGACUUGAAUUGCACUAGUUCGUUGUGCUAAGAAACCUUGACGUGUAAAUUACAAAGCCCCCAAUUGGCAGCCUUUAUCGGCUAAUUCUUGCUUAUUACACUUAAGCAGAAUACGAGUGUGUUUGGUAACACAGCUGUGGGGUGAAUCAGCAAAAUCGGGUGAAAGUGCAUGACUUGUGGCUGAAUUUUCUAAACAGGCCACAAAUUCCCAUAUACAUGAAUAUUAUUAUACCACAGCAGCUUCAUUCAACAAUUUCAUAUCAUGUUAUCACCACCCUGUGUGCCUUGUAAAUCUUUGGCAUCACUGCAACAUUCCAAAGUCUAGGAGAGAAUACACAAAUGAUUAUUCGUAUAAGGUAACAUUUUGUUUCAUCGCUGCAUUAUAUGAAUAUUCACGCUUUUCACUCAUGUUUCUCAAGUGUUGUUACUUGUUUAUGUAGGACUGCUUCUUUACACAACAAUUGGAUUUGUCUAGAGAUUGGGAGUUAAACUAACAAUUGGAUUUGGAUUCUUUAAUGUAGGACUGAUUCUUUACUUUAACAAUUGGGAGUUAAAAUAAAAGUUAUGUAUCAGUUUUUGACAUUUUUGUGAAGACCUUGCUCUAGGGUUCUCUGAAAAAUCUCUAAUUUUCGCUGCAAGCUUUCAUGUAA